CUCUGGUCCCUGGUGCCUCACUGCAUGACCUCAGACAACAGACGUACCUACGAGGGGAAACUGCCUCAUCCUCCGGACGCCUGACGCUCGGUGGCCACGACCUCAAACCCGUCUCAUCUUUCAACUCAUCCUCCGCAGAAGGAGCAGCAGACAUCUUUCCACACAGGAUUUGAACGGCUCCACUCGGGCCAGUGGAGGAGCCGCUCUCCCUCUUCAAUCUUUAAGAAUAGAUAUCUUUUUUUCUCCUGGUUGUUUUGUGUCCGGUUCUGCCGGCCGCGUGACUUUUCAAAACUGGGGCGCGAUUCAUGGGAUGCAACCAUGUCGGAUCUCAGUGAGCGCAGGCCGGUCAACACGGACUACGCUGUCUCCCUGCUGGAGCAGCUCAAGUUCUUUUAUGAACAGAAAUUACUGACUGAUGUUGUGCUGCUGGUGGAGGACACGGAGUUCCCGUGUCACAAGAUGGUCCUGGCCACAUGUAGCUCCUAUUUCAGGGCGAUGUUCAUGAGCGGCCUCAGCGAGAGCAAGCAGACCCACGUCCACCUGAGGAACGUGGACCCGGCCACCUUACAGAUCAUCAUCACCUACGCCUACACGGGGAACCUGGCCAUCAGCGACAGCACCGUGGAGCCGCUGUACGAGACCGCCUGCUUCCUACAGGUGGAGGACGUCUUGCUGCAAUGCAGAGACUAUCUGGUGAAGAAGAUAAACGCUGAGAACUGCGUCCGCAUGCUGAGCAUCGGCGACCUGUUCAGCUGCACUGAACUCAAGCAGUGCGCCAAACGCAUGGUGGAGCACAAGUUCCCCAUGGUGUACCGACAGGAGGCCUUCCUGCAGCUGUCCCACGAGCUGCUGAUCGACGUCCUGAGCAGCGACAACCUCAACGUGGAGAAGGAGGAGACGGUGCGCGAGGCGGCCAUGCUGUGGCUGGAGUACAACAUGGAGACCCGCUCGCAGCACCUGUCCUCCGUGCUCAGUCAGAUCCGCAUCGACGCCCUGUCCGAGGUGACGCAGCGCGCCUGGUUCCAGGGCCUGCCCCCCAACGACAAGUCCGUGGUGGUGCAGGGCCUCUACAAGUCCAUGCCCAAGUUCUUCAAGCCCCGGUUAGGCAUGACCAAGGAGGAGAUGCUGAUCUUCAUGGAGGCCUUGUCUGAAACGCAGGUGGAGGGCUACGUGAUGUCGGGGUCCCUGCCCACCACGGUGGUGUGUUACAGUCCGCAGGCGGAGAAAGUGUACAAGCUCAACAACCCCCCCGGGGACCUGCAGAAGGUGGGGACCCUCGUGACCCCGGACAACGAUGUGUUCAUCGCCGGAGGUCAGAUCCCGCUCAAAAACUCAAUCACCAACCACGGCAAGAGCGGCAAGUUACAGGCCGUGUUCCGCUCGGUCGACAGCUUCUACUGGUUCGAUGCCCAGCAGAACGCCUGGGUGCCCAAAACGCCCAUGCUGUGUGCCCGCAUCAAGCCCUCGCUGGUCUACUGCGAGGGCUACAUCUAUGCAAUCGGGGGGGAUAACGUCGGGGGGGAGUUGAACAAGCGCACGGUGGAGCGCUACGACUGCGAGAAGGACGAGUGGAGCAUGAUGAGCCCGCUGCCCUUCGCCUGGAACUGGAGCACCUCGGUGGUGGCUCACGACUGCAUCUACGUGAUGACCCACGACCUGAUGUACUGCUACUUCCCCCGGGCCGACACCUGGGUGGAGAUGGCCAUGCGCAAGACCAGCCGCUGCUUCGCCUCCGCCGCCGCCUUCGGUGACCUCAUCUUCUACAUCGGCGGCCUCCACGUGGUCAGCAACUCGGGCGUCCGCCUGCCGACGAGCACCAUCGACGGCUCCUCCGUGACCGUGGAGAUCUACGACGUCAACAAGAACGAGUGGCGCCUCGCCGCCAACAUCCCCGCCAAGCGCUACUCGGACCCGUGCGUGCGGGCGGUGGUGCUUCUCAACUCGCUGUGCAUCUUCAUGCGUGAGACUCACAUGAACGAGCGCGCCAAGUACGCCAUCUACCAGUACGACGUGGAGCUGGACAGCUGGUACCUGCGGCAGCCGGUGUCCGAGCGCGUCCUCUGGGACCUGGGGAAGGACUUCCGCUGCGCCGUGGGGAAGCUGUACCCCUCCUGCCUGGAGGAGUCCCCCUGGAAACCCCCCACCUACCUCUUCUCCCCCGACGGGGCGGAGGAGUUCGAGGUGGACGGGGAGCUGGUGACUCUCCCUCACGUAUAGCUCUUAACCCUCUCCUCCUCCCCCCCCCCGCCUCGCUGACCAGGAAGCUGUCACGCUGAGGGAUGAACACGAAGGGGGGGGGGGGGCUGUGAGUUCUCUGAGACACGGAAAGGCUUCACCGGCCUCGUGGACGUUUCUCUGGAGGCGUCGGAGGCUUUGAACGACGGAGCCCGACGCAACCAGCUCGGAGCGAAAGAAGAAGAAGAAGAUUCCCCCGAAAGAAACGAGAGAUCUGAAAAUCUCUUUUCUUAUUUUGUCAUUUGUGACAUCUGUUCGAUAUUAUUACAAGCCUGUCAUACUGUUUCUACAAUGUGAUGAUCUAAAUGUCAACUGAUUUUUGUGAGGAGGAUGAUGAUGAUGCACUUAACUGGUAAAAAAAAGAAAACUCUCUCGGAAUGACAAUGGCAACUGUACCAAAAUCUCCCAGUCCCUCCCCCCCCCGCUCUCCAACCGUAGGCUUCCCUCUCUCCUCCUCCUCCUCUCCUCCUCUUCCUCUUCUCGCACCACUGAUAAAGUGAAACUCUGCAAAACAUCUGUAUUCAAAUGAUCCAACUCACACCUGCUGUCGUCUUAAAGGUUCGGCUCUGAAAAGUUAGUGUUUCACUUCCUGGUGGAAGUUCAGCUCUGAUUCACUGAAGUGAGAAUUAAUCCACUUUCAACAUCUCAUUGACUUUAAUGGAGAAAGUUUGCUCUGUUUUAUGAUGUGGACGUUAGAAUGUUCUGAUGAUUCUGAGCUGAGCUGCGUCUGUCAACGUUCUUCUUCUGAUGAAUUAAUAAAAUGGCAGAACAGUGUAAAGUCGUUGCAGCCUGAAAUUUAAACCUUUUUAGGUCAGUCAGGCAAUUUACAAUGCGGAGUAUUUUAAAAAUCGAAUUAUAGAUUAAUAUUGAAAUUUGCUGUUGCCUCAGAAAUUUGAAAAAAUAUUUCCAUCAUAUGUUCUCAGAGCUCUGAAGAGACGUCUCCAGAACUGUAACAGACAUUUCAGACGCUGGAGAAUAUAAUAAACUAUAAUAACAAUGUCUUUACAUCAGAUACUGUUUUUAUAACGGGUUAAAUUAUAAGUCACAUUUGAAUCAAAUCACGACCUAGUAAAAAAGGUAAAUGAAGUAAAUAAUAUAUUUAUUAUUCUGCAGAUGGUUUCUUGCAUGAAUAAUCGAU